AUGACCAGGAACUUCAUGGAUGCAUUUACCCAAGAGAUGAAUACAGGAUCCACAGCCUUUUGGAAAGAGUGGCCAGAUGAUGCCCUCCCUGCAAAAGGAGGGACCAGGCCCCUGAAAUUCCUCCUCCUCCUCCUUUCUUCUUCAUCCUACCCCUCCUCCUCUUCUUUUCCUUCCUCUUCCAUUGCCUCCUCCUCCUCGCUCUCUCUUCUUCCUCCCCUUCUUCUUCCAGGAUGGGGCUGGGCCAGGCAGGCCCCCCUGGCGGUGGUGUUUCUGUCCUGCCUGCUGGUAUCUGGGCCUGGGGGCCGUGGGGCAGCGGUGGCAGGGCAGGCGUACCCUGCUGGAGGGGAGCCAGGCCUCUCUGUGCCAGAGCAUGGCUUCUGCCAGCCCAUCUCCAUCCCUCUCUGCACAGACCUGGCCUACAACCAGACCAUCCUGCCCAACCUCUUGGGCCACACCAACCAGGAGGACGCAGGGCUGGAGGUGCACCAGUUCUACCCACUGGUGAAGGUGCAGUGCUCGGCGGAGCUGCGCUUCUUCCUCUGCUCCAUGUAUGCCCCGGUGUGCACCGUCCUGGAGCAGGCCAUCCCUCCCUGCCGCUCCCUCUGCGCCAGGGCCAGGCAGGGCUGCGAGGCCCUCAUGAACAAGUUUGGCUUCCAGUGGCCUGAGAGGCUCCGAUGUGAGAACUUCCCCAUCCAUGGGGCCGGUGAGAUCUGCGUGGGCCAGAACACCUCGGACAGCUCCAGUGGGGCAGGAGGGGGGGCCAGGCGUCGGGGUCCUGUGGCGGCCGCACCCACUGCCUCCCCGACAGCCCACCCUUGGCACCCUCUGCCCCCCACCGGCUACACCUUCACCUGCCCCCGCCAGCUCCAGGUGCCCCCUUACCUGGGCUACCGCUUCCUGGGCCAGCGCGACUGUGGGUCCCCCUGCCAGCCAGAGCUGCCCCAGGGGCUGAUGUACUUCAAGGCGGCCGAGGUGCGCUUUGCCCGCCUUUUGGUGGGCAUCUGGUCCAUGCUGUGCUGUGCCUCCACCCUCUUCACCGUCCUGACCUACCUGGUGGACAUGCGGCGCUUCAGCUACCCGGAGCGGCCCAUUAUCUUCCUCUCGGGCUGCUACUUCAUGGUGGCCCUGGCCUAUGUGGCCGGCUUCCUCCUGGAGGAUCGGGUGGCCUGUGGGGAGCGCUUCUCCGAUGAGGGCUACCGGACAGUGGUCCAGGGAACCAAGAAGGAAGGCUGUACCAUCCUCUUCAUGGUCCUCUACUUCUUUGGCAUGGCCAGCUCCAUCUGGUGGGUCAUCCUCUCGCUCACCUGGUUCCUGGCUGCGGGCAUGAAGUGGGGCCAUGAGGCCAUCGAGGCCAACUCCCAGUACUUCCACCUGGCUGCCUGGGCCGUGCCAGCUGUCAAGACCAUCACCGUCCUGGCCAUGGGGCAGGUGGACGGGGAUGUCCUCAGCGGGGUCUGUUAUGUGGGUCUUUACAGCGUGGAUGCCCUGCGGGGCUUCGUCCUGGCCCCGCUCUUCCUCUACCUCUUCCUGGGCACCUCCUUCCUCCUGGCCGGCUUUGUUUCCCUCUUCCGCAUCAGGACCAUCAUGAAGCACGAUGGCACCAAGACCGAGAAGCUGGAGAAGCUGAUGGUGCGGAUCGGGGUCUUCAGCGUCCUCUACACCGUGCCGGCCACCAUUGUCUUGGCCUGCUACUUCUAUGAGCAGGCCUUCCGGGACACCUGGGAGAAGACCUGGCUCCUGCAGAGCUGCAAGAGCUAUGCUGUGGCCUGCCCCACUGCCAACUUUGCUCCCAUGAGCCCCGACUUCACUGUCUUCCUCAUCAAGUACCUCAUGACCAUGAUUGUGGGCAUCACCACCGGCUUCUGGAUCUGGACUGGCAAGACCCUCCAGUCUUGGCGGCGCUUCUACCACAGACUCAGCACUGGGAGCAAAGGGGAGACAGCAGUAUGAGGUUUAGGCCUGUCCACCUGACCCUGUCUGGGCCCUGUCCCACACUGCUGCUCUUCCUGCUCCUUGUGGAGAAGACAUUACCUGAGGGAGGAGGGUGCCUGGGCAGUGGGUCUGUGGGCUUGCAUGGAAGCGAAGGGAUUGCUUCUUCCUUCAAACUCUUGCCUCUUCUUCUUUCCAAGGGAUGGUGAUUUUGUACAUGCAGCAAGCAUUCCAGCUUGGUUUCUCUCUCCCAACCACGCUCUCUCUAUUUUUUUUUCUUUUUUACCUUGAUAGCCAAGUUGAAGAGGGUUGAAGAAAGUGUCCUUAAGACUUGUUCUUCAGAAUGGUCAGUUUCUGAUCCUGAGAGAAGUUCUUUACUUCUCUUUGCCUGUUCCCCACUGUACCCCAGCUGCUUUUAGGAAGGAAAGAAGAAAGAGAACUGUGGGAUCUGUUCAAAGAGAAAUGCUGGAAUUGGGCCCAGGAUGCAAAAUGCAGGUGUGGGGAUUAAAGUAGAGAAUUAUUAUUUGUAAAAUCCCUAAAACAGAAAGUCAGUCACAUUUGUGUGCUUUGGGGUGGCAAGUUGAAACUCCAAUAGGUCAUUCCCUCUUCCUCCCAAAAAUAAGUUCCAAUUCACUAUCUUUGUAGUCACAUCCAAGAGGCACUGAGUCUCUCCCUCAACCCCUAGUACAGGCCAGAGUUGAGAUGGCAAAAUAGAACAGCAGUUCCCAGAUUUUCCCAGUCAGCAUGACCAGCACUAUGAUGGUUGGGAUUGUGGAUGUUACAGUGGGGACAGAGUGUGGAGUCAUUUUUGGACUACAGCUCCCUGAAUCCCAUGAUGGUUGGGGGACUCUGGGAGCUAUAGCUAGAAUAAUUAGCUUUUUGGGUGGCAGUUUCCAGGAUCCCCCAAACCAGUGGACAUGGGAUUCUGGGAAUUCUCAUCCAGUAAACCACUAUUCCAAGCUCUGGGACAAUCAAGGGGUAGCCAAGAGGCAGACAGAGAAACAGCUGAAAGUCACUUGCCAGACUACAUGGAGCAGCAAGAGUGGCCAAUAUCUCCAGAGAGCAAAAAUGAGAGAUUCUGAGUAGAUGUGAUACAGUGUUCCAGCAACCAAGAGGGAAUGCUUUUAGGAGGAGCUGCCAGAGUCCCAUGCAAGGGCCAGCCAUGGUGCAUUAGAGGCUUCUGGAAUGAAAUCCUCCUAGGGAAAAGCUCUGCUUAAAGCUGAGGGAUCCUUUCCUCCUAAGGAGAGGAGAUGCAUCUUCUGCUUGCAGCCAUCCAUUGUGGGCUUGAUAGUUCUGGGCUACUAUUUUAGGUGCCAUACAUUGCUGCCUGGGGUGCUAGGAUAGUUUUGCACAUCUGUGUCUGUUACAAGAGCUCCAGCUUCCCCGAGGAAGGUGGACCCCUAGCCAUCAGUCUUGAGGGCUCAGGCAAUUUCUGUGAUAGUCACUGUUGUGUGCCUUCAAGACAUUUUGAUUUCUGGGGAACCUAAGGUGAAUUUAUCACGGUUUUCUGGGCUGAGAAUAUUUGACUCACCUAUAGUCACGCCAUGGGUUUCCAUGGCCGAGUUGGGAAUUGAAUCCUGGUCUUUAAAGGCCCAAUGCUCAAACCACUACAUCAUGCAGGUUCCUACAGUAGUCAUUAGUUGCUGCCAGUUUGAGACUUUGACUCCUCCAGCAGACACAAAGCGACACAUGGAGUGUUUCUCCUUUUUUUAGAAGAUAGCAUCAUUGAUAAAAAUCUUAUUUGAGUCUCCUGUAAAAUUUGCCACAACAAUUUUGCAAAUAUAUAGAUAGAUAGACCUAAUUCCCUUUUCAUCAAGUUCAGACUGCCAUACAUAAAUGUGGGCAGUCUCUUGAGGUGCACAGCACUCUUGGUGCAAACAACCAACAUGGCUACUGCUGCAAACAUCCCAUCUCCACAACUAUGUUAGACCCACUGAAUUUAAUGGGAUUUAGUCCCAAGUCGGUGCAUAGGACUGCAAGCUAAGCACUCUUGCCUUGAGGGAGUAAAGACAUGCAGUAUUUGUUGAACUCAGUGUGGCUUAAACUUCCAAGUCAACAUGCCUACUCAGGCUGCUGUGGCGGGGGAGUUUCCUCCAUUCAUUUUAGGGUUUCUUUUCUGUUUGAAUCCUCCUUUGGCAAAAGGGUCUUGCUGGGGCUUUGGGGAGGGGAAGGGUGCAGGGCUAAGUAAGGAGCACUCAGAAAAAGAAGUGACAUGUUGAUUUUCGGGAGAAUGCGUUUUACUCUCCUCUCUUUUGUUAGAAGGGACAAAAGAGAAACAAAAGUGUGUUUCUUUGAGGCAAGGCAGAAGCAUGGGAUCAGUUUUUAUGGGGGGGAAGGUAACAAAGCAUUUGUUGAGGUCCAACUACGUGCUGCUAUAUGAAAAUGGAGGGAAAGGAAAGGAAGUUUCGCUAAGGUCUCUUGUUUAACUCUGAGGAAAUCUGAGAAACUAUCCUUCUCCUCCUCUCUCUUUAUUUGUAAUGGAGUUUUAAUUCAGAACAUCUGACAAAACAGCCAGCACUGAAAUAUGUAAAACAGGCAAAUACAAUCUCUCUUUUCUUUCCCCCAAAGUUGUGAUUUCCCCUGAGGAAAAAGACAUCUAUGUCUGUGUUCACCUUCGGAGGCUGUGUAAAGGGAAAGCUGUAGGAACUGACCAGUUUUCCCCUCUACAUCUGUAGCAUUCUCAGUUCGAUGGUGUUCACAGCAAGAUUUUAAAAUGUCUUGGGGAAAGGAAGAGGUUGCUCGAGUGCUUCUAAGGCUGUCCAGGGUUGGGGCCAUUCUUCUUUUUGAAACAAGAAGAUAGUUCUGGCCAUGUUUGCUCAGGGGAAGUGCAUGGCAUUUCUCGAUCUUUUAGGAAAGGUGUAUAAGAUUGCAAGCUCUAGUUUUGUGUGCUUGACACAGUCGGUUGCAAAGUUGUCCCAAUUAAAUCUGCAAAAGUGGUAUACCUGGAAUAUGUUCUGCACAGGGAUACUUUGGAAUUAACAUGCAUAGGAUCAGCUCUUGUAUUCUAUGGGGAAUCAGUGGGAUGAUAUGGGCACUCAUUUAACAUUUAAUUGGUGGAGCAUGGCCACACAACUCACAUUUUAUGCAUUCUGCCCAUAUGUUGUGCAGUGGAGGUGUGUGUGUUUUCUCUGAAGUAGGAUUUACUUCCCAGUUGUGUGUAAGGUUGUAGUAUGCCUCGUUCCUAAAAUGUGCACUUCUUUUUUUUAAAAAAAAUAAUCCACCAAUAUCCAGCAAAGUUCUCCAUCUUUUUUUUGUACGGUUGUUUUAUUAAACAUGCCUCUGAAAUGAAACCAAACAAAAUGUUCUGCAUCACCGUAGAUAAAAAUCUUCCUUAGCGCGGGGCCCCUGAUUCAAUGAAAUGCCUUUUUGCUUCCAAGGGGUUUCAUAUUUCUUCCCGAAAUUCCAUUUCCCUUUCUCUUGGAAUUGUUUUAAACUACUUUUUAAAAAAACUUUUUGAAAAAGGUUCUUUUAAGAAAUGAUGUGAACCUAAGGGGUUUGGCUUGCUUUGGCCUGAAAGAUUAUUUGGAGAACUGUGGGUUUUAAUGAGUCCUUUUUUGUUCUUCUUCCUUCCUUCUUUCCUAGACAAUAAUCAUCCCCCCCCCUCUCUUUUUUUAAAUGAAUGGAGAUGAAGUUCUUUAAAAACAAAACGCCAUCUCUUCACAGAGGAGCAUUGGUAAGGGAGAAAGAAAAGCCAUCAAAGGGGAAUGGUGUGGGUGUACUGUUUUGGGAUAAAAUGCAGAGAGAAGCACCCCACUCAUUCUGCAGUGUAUUUGAUCUCCUUAGUGCUGAGGUCCUUAGUUUUAAAGUGUGCACCAGACAAGCUGAAAGUGCAGUGUGUGUAUAUUUUGUAAAUCUGACAUUUUUGUAAGAAAUAUAUAUGUAUUUAUGUUUUUACUGCCUUUUUUUUGGUUUUUGCUUUUGGAAGGUCUGUGUAAGACUCCAUCUCUUUAUGUACAGAACACAACAAAUAAAUGGAUUUUUAAUACAAUGGGUUUUUCAAAAGA